AUGCAACAGCGUUCCAUGUCUUCUAUGUCGAACAUCAAUUUUCUUCACAAAUUUGCGGAGAAAACAUGUGGAGGAAAAUGUAACUUUCUUCUCAAGACCGAAGAAAUUAGCGAGGUGCCUUUUAAUAGAACCCCACAUGAAACAGUUAAAAACACUUCAGAAGCUGUCAUGCCAUCUGCACCAGGAAAAAGAGUAAAUCUUAAAGAAAACAACAUUUUAACAACCACAUUGCUGAAAGAGAUUUUACCAUUGUGCAUACAUGUGGCUGCGCUUUUAAUGAUAACCUGCUUUCCCUUUACAAAUCAUUUUACAAUCAUAGUUUCAGAUAAACAGCUUAUAAGUGAUAUACAGAAACCAUGUAGCAUCAUUAGAACAUUUACCUCUGAAAACUAUCAUGUACAAACAGCUAUUCUGGCCGAGGAAUUAACUGCAACUUAG